AUGUCUCUAUCGUUUAGUUCUAUUGAUAAUUGUCCUCGAUGUAACAAACAUGUGUUUUUUGCUGAUGAGUUGCUAGCUAUGGGUAAAAAAUGGCAUCUCCAAUGUUUCACGUGUAGUAAAUGUAAUAAACCAAUCGAUCAGACGAGUUACAGUAACCAUGGUGCCACGUAUAGCUAUGAAUCAGACGAUAUUAUAAAUUGUUCUCGAUGUUCUACACAAUCAACAACAAAUGGUAGGAGUCCAUCUCUAUCUGGUAUAGCACUAACAGUGGGUAAAUCUCUCGACGAGGACGAUUCAGAUUAUAGAUGUAAAGAGUGUGAUAAAGUGAUCAUUUACAAUUCCAUUUUAAACAGCUCUCCGUCCAGUAAAACUGUCAAAUGUAAAGCUUGUUGUACCUGACCUACAUAUCUUGUUUACUUCACGCGCAUAAUGACUUAUAGAAUACACGUGCAUAAUGUCUAAUGCACUAAAAAUAAUGUAACAUGUGAAACUAGAGUUUAUUCCAUGUGAUUCAAAUAAGCAUGUGAACAUUCCAGAAUAUUCAGAUCACAUGAUAAUGGUAUAGAAUGCAUCAGCGUUUUAAUUUCACGUCCGGGUCAUGCACGUGCAUAAUGAAACUUGACCUACAUAUUACAGUGUGUAAUACAAUUGAUAUGUUUUAUGUUGUGUAUUUGAGGAUCCUGUCUAAUAGACAAAUUAUUAUUAUACCUAUAUAUUAUUGUAUUUUAGGCAUAAUUUGACUAAAUGCCUCGUUUUUGACAUUACCAUCAAGGGCAAUAACUCUUCACCAUACAGAUUACUUGAUACAUUUAAUGAACUCUGCACGAGGUAAAUUCGUGGAAGCAUUUAGAAGACUAUUGUUUUUUAUGUUCAUAAAAUAUGUUUAAGUUAAGUUAUUAAGUUAUGUAUUCCCUGAAAAUGUUCCAGGAUGAGAAACUGGGCUAGAUGUAGUUAAUAGUGAAUUAUAUAAGAAGUUACUAAUAAAUAUAUUGUUAUGUUA